CUCUUUCAGUUUAUCGUAUGCAACUUGAGCGAGCGGAUGCUUGUGACGGUGUGUCGCUUUAUUAACGAAAUUAAGAUUCCGAAAAUUUUCUCGAACGAUCACGUCCGAUUUACGUUUCAUUAUCUUACGAAAUUGUCGAUAAUCAUUAACACAGAGUGAUUGAGAAUAUAUAAAAAAAAAAAAAGAAAAUAAAUAAAUCCAAUUGACUCGUGUACACAGUGUCGUUAGGAGAACAUCGUACAAAUUCAAGAAAUCAGCCAUGGCUGCUAUGUCCGUGAUCGGGAUCGACUUCGGAAAUGAGAGCUGUUAUGUAGCCGUAGCAAGAGCGGGAGGUAUCGAGACUAUAGCCAAUGAUUAUAGUCUUCGUAACACACCAUCAUGUGUAGCAUUCAGUGAAAAAAAUCGUAUACUUGGUGUAGCGGCAAAAAAUCAAAUGGUAACCAACAUGAAGAAUACCAUUUAUGGAUUCAAGAGGCUUUUAGGUAGAAAGUUUAAUGAUCUCCAAGUACAGCGUGAACUUAAAUGUUUAUCAUUUAAAAGCUCCCAACAGGCAGAUGGAAAUAUUGGGAUACAUGUACAAUAUUUAGGAGAAGAACAUAUUUUUUCACCUGAACAAAUAACUGCAAUGUUAUUUACAAAAUUGAAGGAUACUUCUGAAACGGCACUUCAGACAGCAGUCAAUGAUUGUGUUAUAUCUGUUCCAUCAUAUUAUACGCAAGCUGAAAGGCAAGCUUUGCUUGAUGCUGCACGUAUUGCCGGUCUAAAUGUCCUUAGAUUGUUUAACGAAACAACUGCUACUGCUCUAUGUUAUGGUAUUUAUAAACAAGAUUUACCAGCUCCUGAAGCAGCACCAAGAAAUGUAGUUUUCGUUGAUUGUGGCUAUGCUAGUUUACAAGUGUGUAUUUGUGCUUUCCAUAAAGGAAAACUCAAGAUGUUAGCUAGUGCAGCUGAUAGUAAUUUGGGUGGUAGAGAUAUAGAUAUUAUCUUAGCAGAACAUUUUUGCAGAGAUUUUCAGACUCGAUAUCGCAUAGAUCCACAUACAAGUCCGCGGGCGUACUUAAGGUUACUUGCUGAAGUAGAAAAAUUGAAGAAACAAAUGUCAGCCAAUUCUACUACUCUUCCUCUUAACAUUGAAUGUUUUAUGGAAGAAAAGGAUGUUCACGGUGAGAUGAAAAGAGCUGACAUGGAAUCUAUGUGUGCUCACUUAUUCAAACGUGUUGAAUCAACUCUUAGGCAAUGUCUAGCAGAUUCUAAACUAAAACCAGAAGACAUACAUUCGAUGGAAAUAGCUGGUGGAUCUAGUCGUGUUCCUGCAUUGAAACGUGCAGUUGAAGAAGUAUUUGGUCGUCCAAUAUCAACAACAUUGAAUCAGGACGAGGCGGUUUCUCGUGGUUGCGCAUUGCAAUGUGCAAUGCUCAGCCCUGCAGUUAGGGUUCGAGAAUUUUCAGUCACCGAUAUACAACCAUAUCCAUUGAAAUUGACAUGGGAUCCUACUCAAGGAGAAGAAGGAGAAAUGGAGGUGUUUGGACAUAAUCAUCCAAUCCCGUUUUCGAAGAUGCUAACUUUUUAUCGUUCAAAUUCAUUUACGCUCACAGCUAGCUACAGUAUGCCUCCAUCAUCGCAUCCUCAAACACAUAUUGGUGUCUUUGUUAUUAAAAAUGUGAAGCCAACACCAGAAGGUGAGGCUUCGAAAGUUAAGGUAAAAGUGAGGAUAAAUCUCAAUGGUAUCCUUACCAUUGCGUCGGCAUCGCUCGUGGAGAAACGUGAACCAACGCAACAGGAGAAAGAGGAAGAAGAAAAAUUAUUGCAACAGCAACAAAAUAACAUGGACGUCGAACAACAACAACAGGAUAAUAAGAAAGAUAAAUCUGAUCAAGAAGCACAAGCAAAUGAACCACCAGCACCAGAGGUGAGCAUGGAUAAGACUCGAAGAAACUCAGAUGCUGACAAUGCUGGAAGAGAUGUUAGGGGUUCUGCCCCUUCCUGCUCCUCGAGGAUUCUUUCUUGGUUCAGCUCGGGAGAAGAUAAAGGAGAAGAUGGCAAAGGCAAGAAAAAAGUUCCUGUACGUACAAUCGAAUUACCAAUCGAGGCAAAUGUUAAUGGACUAUCUCAAAGAAAGUUAGAUGCGGCCUUAGAAAAAGAGUGUAAAAUGAUUGCUGAAGAUAGACAAGAGAACGAACGUAUCGAUGCGCGUAAUGCAUUAGAGGAAUACGUUUACGAUUUACGGGCUAAACUAACCGAUGAUUAUCAAUUAGCUACUUUCGUCGCGGAAACUGACAAAGAUGCACUUAGCCGUACGUUAGAUGAAACUGAAAUCUGGCUUUACGAGGAAGGGGAAGAUUGUCAAAGACAAGUUUAUAUAGAUCGUCUUACACGCCUAAAGGCACAAGGUGAGCCAAUAAAAGAAAGGAGACGAGAAUUCGAAGGAAGAGGUCAUGUAUUGGAUGAACUAGCAGGUGCAUUACAACUUGCUAAAAAGGGAAUAGAUAACAUUAAGGCUUCCUUUGGAAAGGACGAUAAGUACUCUCACUUAACGGAUGAUGAGAUAAAGAAGAUCGAGAAAACAGUACAAGAGAAAUGGGCUUGGCUGGAAGAGAAACGCGUAAUACUUGCAGGUACUCCACGUACGCAACAACCGCCAGUAACUGUAUCCCAAAUACGUUCGGAAAAACAGGCAUUAGAUAACGUUGUAUUGCCAGUUUUGAAUAAACCUAAACCUAAGGUAGAACCUCCUAAAGAGGAAAAACCAAAGGACAAAACUGCCAAUGAUCAAAAGAGUACUAAUCAGAAUAGCCAGGGCGACGCUCAUCAACCACAAACCGAAGAAGAAAAGAUGGAUGUUGAGUAACAGUCAUCUCGAUUUAUGUUUUUCUAAUAUUAUUAAAUUUACCAAGAUUGAGAAAUGGUGAAUAUUUCAUUAUGAAAUCAUCUUCAUCAUUGUCACACAAGCGCCUGAUAUGACUUAGUUAGACAGCACAUGUUGUUUUUCUAUUUCUCUGUCUCUCUCUUUCUCUCUUUCUCUGUCUGUCUAUUUCUCUUUCUCCCUCUUGUUUUAUUUCCCUUUAAUUAUUGUCAAUCUGAUAAACUUCUAGUUCGUUGAGCGAUCGUUUGUUAUUCGGAAGCGAGUGUCUUGGAAAUGCAGAAAAAUAAUACACCCAAGGUGAGAAUAGCUUUAGUAAUUAAACAAUGAAUUAUUCGUACUAUCGUGUCAUUCAUAUAUUGUAAUAUAUAUAUAUAUUAUAUAUAUAUAUAAUACACAUAAACGAAAUAUAGAUAUAUACUAAUGUAGUAUAUGUAUACAGGGUAGAUCAUUUAAAAUAUUAGAAGUUUAUUAAGUUCAUUAAAUGAAUAAUAAAAAUAAUAUCACCGGUCUUAAAUAAUUCGACUCGGAGAAAUUUUAUUCCACCCUGUAUACAUGUAUCAUCUUUUUCGUACCUUUGUGACAUAUUUUAGGUAAUAUAACAAAUUUAUGAGAGAUUUAUUAUAUUAUUAAUAAAUUUCCAAGACACGAUUUAAUAAAGAAAAUUGCUCUGCCAGUGAGAUACUCAAAAGAGACUCCUGAGUAUUCUAAUGCCAGUGAAAAUGUUUAAUACUAAGUUAAAUUAAAAUUAACUAAAUUAAAUUGUGAAGUAGGAAACAUCGCUGGCGAUCUUAUAUAUUUAAAAUAACACGUAUUGUUCAUUCCAUCGUUUUCGAAAACGGACAGCGAAAAUCUACUGUCACACAAAUUUAUGUUGCAUUUAUGAUACUUAAAUAAAUUAAUAUUUCACUUAUUCAAUUCACCAAGCCUGCUAUAGUAGUCACAUUGAGUAAGUAUUAGGCAGCUGUAGCUUUAUAAAAGCUACUCUCUUCCUUAAGGAAAAACAAUUACAGUGAAGGGAAGGACUAUUGUUAUUUUCAUUAAUUUUCGUAAUGAAAAUUGAGCUUUCAGUACCGGAAUAGUAAAGUUCUAGUUCCUAGUUAAUUAGAUAUACUUGUAAUUUUACAUAGUGACAAUGUGUAUAUAAUUAAUAAGCUUUGGUACAUCUCAGCCAUUUUAUUUUUGAUUAUUCAUGACUUUUACACAUGUAAUAUCUUGAUGAUUUCUGGUCACAGCAAGGCAUACACAUUUUUUUUUAUUCAUUUUAAAAAUGCCUUACAUACACACAUACAUACAUUGAUUAUAAUAUAACAUUAUUAUUUAUGCUUGAUAAAAAUAAAGAAGAAAUUGAAAAGAAUAUAUAACUAUUGUUGAUGUUAUAUUCAAUCAUCGUAAUAUGACGUAAUAUGACAUAAUUUUUGGAACAUAUUAAAUAAUAAAAGUUUACUGAAAUUAAAAAUUAAAUCAUCUACUCCCAAUAUUUAUAUUAAUAUAAAAAAUAUAAUAGUUUAGUUUUAAAUUUAGCAGGAAUGUUUCAAUAUUUUUUUCAUUAUAUAAAUAAUAUUAAUUUCUGCUACAUCAUGCAUCUAAUGUAUCAUAUAUAAUCAAACUUUGAAUAUUAAAUAUCGUCAAAGCUUAUGUAAAUUAUAUAUUAAAAUUAUAUGAGCAAACCACAUUUUUGGUUGAUUAUAUGUUGACAGUGAUUAAAUGUAGAUGAACCAUGGAAGUGUACUAAAUUGCAUGCAUGGACUAAUAAAAGGAUUAAUCUUUCUUGA